CAUAAACAAGCAGCCAUACGGGAUGUGAAUGUAAACAUCAGAGAAUAUAGGCAGCCUUAAAGACCUUCCUGAUGAGGACUGGACGUGUCUGUCUAUAAAAGGGUUAAAAGGGUUGAUCCAAGGAGCACAGGGGAAGCAACAGCCUCAAGCAGUGGACCCCGAUCCCCAGCAAUGGCUCCUGCCAGAAGAUGCCCCUGCUCCAGGAGGGCAGCAGUGAAGAGAAGGAAACGGAGAGUCAAUACACGUCCCCCAGAUGGGUCCAGGAAGGUUUUUUCACUUCUUUCUGAAACUUUGACCUGGCUACAGAGAACCGAGUAACCAGAAGUUUCAGUGAGCAAGUGCACAGAUGUCAGGUGUGCUAUUUUGCUUUUUUUGUUGAUGUCACAACACGAACAUACAGAGUCAGUGCAUUGGGAUGUGGCUGUGCUUUUAGAUGAAGGGAAUCCUCUGGAGAGGAAAAAAAGGCACUCUGCUCUUUCCACACAGGUUCACUCAUUGCCGGUGCCUGCCAGGGUUGAGACAAUCUCAGUGUGGUGCUACGAAGUCCCCCAGCUCCUCACGGCUCUGCGUUACCCCCCGUGUGCUACCCUGGUAUGUGAUGGCUGGCGUUUAGGGCUGCUCCACGCCCGCUGUGAGCUCAUACCCGAAGAUGCUCGGUUGGAAAGAACCAUGCUUGGACUCGCGGCUGCACUCAGUUCUUCCAACCGCAGAACACCUUAUCCGAGAGCCAGGCCCUCACGGUGCCUCCAAACGGGCAGCGCCGAGCACGGCCGCGCUCCCCGCCCUGCCACCGGCCUGCCUUACGGCACGGAACUCGAGGGGGCCGGAACCAGCGGGACCGCGCCCGGAGUGGUGGGAAGGAGCGCGACGACGGCACAGGAAGCGGGCCGAGCGGAAGGAGCGCGACAGCGGCGCCGGAAGCGGGGUCUGGAGCCGUUUCCGAUUUCCGGCGUAGCCAUGAGGACGCGGCGCGGCACUGUCCUGAGACCGCCGCCGGGCAUCGCCGACCGCCGCGAUGCCGGAGAGGACGACGAGGAGGAAGUGCCCGGCGGAGAGGUGGGCCCCGAGGGCCUGGGAGACGAGGUGGAGGAUUUUCACGAGGCGCAGUUUCGGGAGGUGAUGGCGGCUCUGGAGAGCGGGGAGGAGGCCGAGGACAGCGAGGAAGAGGAGGAGGAGGAAGUACUGGGGCUGCAGCUGCCGGAGGAGGAUGAAGAUGAGGAGGAGGAGGACGAGGAGGAAGGUGAACCUGGUGAGGAAGUAGAGGAAGCAAGGGGAGUUGAGUUUUAUCUCGACCGCAGUGCGGAGGAGGAUGAGGGAGAUGAGGAGGAGGAGGAGGAGGAGGAGAAUGAAGAUGAGGAGGAGAAUGAAGAUGAGGAUGAGGACCUGUCCAUGGAGAGUGAUUUGGAAGAGCGCAGUAAGGACACUGAUCUCCCCCAUGAGCUGUCCUGGGGGCGACGCAAACAGCUCUACUACGACACAGACUAUGGGAGCGAUGCCCAGGCUAAGGGCAAACGUAGCCAGCAAGAUGUUGAUGCUGAGGAGGAGGAAGAGGAGCAGGAGGCUAAAGUGAUCCAAAAGCGGCUGGUGGAGGACUUGGGAGAAGAUGAUUAUGGGCUGGAUGUGAUCCAGGGCUACCUGACGGAGCAACAGAAAACCCAUGAUAGCAAGGGGCAGAAAAUUGUCAAGGAUUUGCAGGCCCUUUCCAAGAAAGAGCAGCUGAAGCUGUUGAAGCAGGAGUCUCCUGAACUCCUGCAGCUGAUUGAAGACUUUGAAGUCAAACUGAUGGAACUCAAGGAUGAGCUGCACCCGCUGUUGCAAAUGGUAAAAAAUGGCACUAUCCCACAGGGGAAAGGCAGUCGCUAUUUGCAGACCAAGUAUCAGCUCUACUUGAAUUACUGUGCCAACAUCAGUUUCUACUUGGUUUUAAAGUCAAAAAGAAUGCCAGUUCAUAGUCAUCCCAUCAUUGAACGAUUGGUUGCUUACAGAAAUAUCAUCAAUGACCUAGCUGUGAUAGAUCAAAAGUUAUCCUCACAAGUUCGCCUGCUUCUGAAAAACUAUUACGAUAAGAAGGAGGAAAAACUCCGAGAGCGGAAGAAGUUUCCAGUGCUUCUUCAACCAGCUGCUAAGAAAACCAAACAAAAACGUGAAACUGGUCUUGCUAAUGGCCGGCUUGUUGCUGAGGAACUGGCAGAUGAAUCUGAUCUGGAUGAAGAGGCUGCGCUAAAAUACUAUAAGAUGAUGGAAGAGAAAUUGAAACUCAAGAGGAAGAGAACUGAAGAACAGGAAACACUUGAAGAACCAGUGACAGAAGAGGAUCCAAACCAGAAGAGAGGUGUGACUUACCAGAUGAUCAAGAACAAAGGCCUCACCCCCAGGAGGAAGAAGAUUGAUCGCAACCCCAGGGUCAAGCAUAGGGAGAAGUUCAGGCGAGCCAAGAUUCGCCGGAAGGGUCAGGUCCGAGAAGUUCGGAGGGAGAUACACAGAUACGGUGGGGAGCUCUCUGGCAUUCGUGCUGGAGUUAAGAAGAGCAGAAAGCUUCAGUGAAACUUAUUUCUCUCUGUUUAAGAGAGCUGCAAGUAAGAGUUCUGAAUGCAAUAAAAUUUUUGUAAAAGAUA